AUGUUCCUGCAGUUGGACCCGGCCGCGCUCUCGGCGGAGACCCUGGCCCGGGCCGCCGUCAUCUUCAGCGUGUUCGUGUUAUUGCUCUUCUCCUCGCUCACCUCCAUUCAUGUUUUGCUCAGCAACCGCAACCUCAAUGAAGUCACCGGGUUUUACAUGGUGAGAGUUUGGGAUUUUUUGCAAAUUUUACUGGUUUAAAAGCAAUGCUGCUGUAUUAAACUUUGCACAUAUUAUUGUAAUGACAGUAGAAUUAGUUUAAAGUGACGUUUUAUACGAUGAAAUAUGUUUGAAAGCAAGUUUGGGAAAAAAAUUUUGAAAAAAGUGAUCUUUUUCAAACAGUGAUUUCUCACUGCUGCCUCAGGGCUAGUAAAAAUAUUUAGAGCGUUUUUUGAUAUAUAUGACGUCAGUUCAAAAAUAUAUAUCGCUCACGUUGCAUUGCCAUCAACAACACAGUAAAAUCCCCCUUUUAUUCUGGCAUCCUCGUUUCAAAAACCGCACUGUGCGGCACAUCUCGAACCGAAUGGAACCAGUAUUUUCGCUCAGAAACACCCCAUGCUCUCUUCAUUAUUUAUCCAUGAGCGUAUUUUUGUCUUUUCUAAUUAGCCCCUGCGGCCCUGUCGGCUUCAUUUAUUUUCGAAAGCGGAAAAUUGCUAAAUGACAUGACUUUUGACCCCUUUUUUACUGUGAUGAAGUGGUACAGGAGGGAAAAAUUGUUCAGGGUAGAUGCCUGACAUGUUUAGAGGAUGAUUGCAAAGAUUAAGAAAUUCAUAUUUGUAAAAUGCGGAAUUUUACGAUACUUUUUUGAUUUUGCACAGUGCAAAAAUAAAAAAUGUUCCUGCACAGUGCAGAAUGCAAAAUUUUUGCAUUUUUCUCUGAUAUUGAGGUUGACAAGUCAUCAAUGUUUUAUCACAGCCACUCUUGGUUUAUUUGAUGCAAGGACUUUUGAGAUUUUUUGAUUUUUUGACGCACUGUGCAAGAAAAAAAAGAAUUUUCUUUGCACAGUGCAGAGGGAAAAAAUUUUGAUUUUUUUUAUACACUGAAAAUUUAGGUCAUAGUAGAUAUUUCCCAACAAUUUUCACUUUAUUUUACCCAAAAAUCACAACGAAUUUCGCCCUUUUAUCCAUGCCGCUUCCAGAUAUCCUUGGCAUUUGGCGAUUUCCUCUGGGCCGUGAUGAUCGUGCCCCUCAGUUUCUACAGCUCCCUGACGCCCGAUUGGGGCUUCAUGGGCGACAAUUCGGCGUUGUGCAAGUACUCGGCCUACCUGCAGAUCAUCAUCAUGACCUCCACGAUGUACACGUUCGGCUGGAUCUGUGUGGACCGCUAUUCGGCCUUCAUGAAGCCGUCCAAAUACGAAAGCGAACAAACCCUGACCCGCUGCAAGUGUUGGAUCACGUUGACGUGGGUGACGGCGAUCUUGACCGCAUGCCCCGUGAUUGUCGCCAAAAUGGAGGUGGGUUGAGGCGGAAUGCCAAGAUCAGGGGAAAUUGGGGGGUAAUUGGAAAAGUAGGCGGUGGAAAUCGCUGAUUUUUAGAAUUUAAAAUCUAAAUAUAGUAUCCUCUGUGAUCGCUCAGAACCGAUUUUGGAAUAAGCCCCUGAGGGUACAGAAAUUCGAUUUUUUUUAGAGCUGUCGUCAAAAUUACAACAUUGGAGAAAAUUCGAUGUAACUAGAAAUUCCUUUGAUAACACCAUCUGGUUUUUAGAACAUACAAUGCCUAUAGCAUCCUAUCUCAACUCUAGAAAGCGUUUUUAAAAUUAAUGCCUAAGGGUACGAUAAAAAGCAAAAUUUUCAUAAGCCUCAAAAAACUUUGCAAAAUAAAUUUUACGCAUAUAAAAUCAAACAAAAUAUGAAGAAUCGUAUGUUUAAAAGGCAUUAAAUUCUACAAGCAGUCAGUUUGACAUGUCUUCGUUCAAUUUUUCGCCGAUUUUUUGAACGAAAAUUGAGAUUUUUAGAUUUUUUUAGCAAUUUUUACCAAUUUUCUGACAUUUUGCCUGACAAAAACAUAAACUUUUGCUCAACUGAGCUCUCAUUCUUUCCCAAAAUCACUUUUCUACGGCCUCAGCUUCGUAUUUCCCCCGAUACCACACUGAUCUCCCCCAUUUUCAGGCCAAUUACUACCACGAGUUCGAGUUCUGCGUGCUGAACUGGUCGUCGGCGGCGGCGUACAGCAUCACGCUGCUGGUGUUGGUGUUGGUCCCAUCCGUGGGGACUAUUCUCUUCACCGCCUGCUCCAUUUUCUCGGCCAUGAAAAGGCCGGAAGAGGUAGGUGUGCAUCGGACCGUGCCCGCCGGCGCUAUUAAUAAAAGAAGACUACGACCGGGCCGGAAAUCAAUCGGGUUUUUUUUUGCGAAAAUUCUAUUUGAUGCGACAAGUGGCAUCAUCAAGGAAGAAAAAAAAGUUAUUACUGUAACUUUUUUGGGCAAAUCCGAAAUAUUCUUUGCUUUUAUGGACAAAAACGUCAAAUUUUAUAGAUUUUUUACGUUUUUGUCCAUAAAAGCGCUAAAUGAGUAAAUUUAAGAUUCUAUAGUGAAAGAGCCCUCAUUAGAAAUUCUUACAGCACCUUUUCCAGUCCAAAUUUUAUGAAUUAUCAGCAUUUAUGGACAAAAACGUCAAAUUUUAUAGAUUUUUUACGUUUUUGUCCAUAAAAGCGCUAAAUGAGUAAAUUUCCUGUGCUAUAGUGAAAGAGCCCUCAUUACAAAUUCAUGCAGCACUUUACCAGCCCAAAUUUUACGAAUUAUCAGCAUUUAUGGACAAAAACGUCAAAUUUUAUGCACUCUUUACGUUUUUGUCCAUAAAAGCGAUAAAAUAAGUAAAUUUAAGAUCCUAUUAUAAAGAAGGCCUUAUUAAAAAUGCUUACAACACUUUUUCCAGUCCAAAUUUUAUGAAUUAUCAGCAUUUAUGGACAAAAACGUCAAAUUUUAUGCAUUUUUUACGUCUUUUGUCCCUAAAUUUGGCAAUUUUGGCAAAAGUAGGCCUAAAAUUUUGUGACAGGCUAUGGACUACCAUUUGGUAAAUUGCUGAAGCAAAAAAUUGAGAUUUUCAAAUAUUAUGGACAAAAACGUUAAAUUUUAUGUAUUUUUUACGUUUUCUUGUCGCUAAACUGUAUAAUUUCAGUCAAAUCUGACCUUCAUGUCUAAGGAGAGACUAUUUUAUCUCAUUUAGGAACACUUCUGGAUAGAAAAUUUCAAAUUUUUCGAACUUUAUGGACAAAAAACGUUAAAUUUUAUGCGUUUUUUACGUUUUUGACCGUAAACAUUUGGAACUCCUCCGGUUCUUGUUGCUAUAAGCCCUAAAUUAAUUUUAAAUUUUAAUGACCCCAUUUACAGCUAGAAGAUACUCAACGAACAGCACUGGAGACGGACCAAAACUUCGUGGUGACCUUAUUCGUGGUCAUCUCGUUUUGCCUGGCCUGGUUCCCCAUCGUUGCCGUGCAUUUUGUCCCCGAAUCCCUCUUACAUCCCGCAGAUACGGCUACCAUCAAAUUUGCGCUCAUUUGGCUGGCGAUUGGCGGGCAGAGUAGCAAAUGGUUGAUCUACAUGUUCACGAACCGCGAGUUCCGCAAACAUUUCUGCAUUCCGUGCCUCGGCAAAGACAUUGACGACCUGACCGACUCCGAGAUCGAAGAGGGUCCCAGCUGCUUCCGGAAGCUGUUCUGCGCGCCCUGCUACCUGCUGACCAAGCCGCGUCCGGCCGCAGCCGCCACGCCGCACUCCGCCAUGAUCCCGCAGCCGGUGCAGCGCGUGUCGGCGGCGCAAAUGGCGCGCACCGCCUCCCUCACGCCGCAAAUGCAUCAGAGCUACAGCUACUACAACAACAGCAACGGCGCCAGCCCCGCCAUGGCCAUCACCGCCAAGCGGCUGCCGGAAUACGGUAGCUUUGCCCAAAUUCCUGCCGGCUUUUGA